AUGGCCCAGUGGGUCCGGCACGCCGGCGAAGCUAUGUUCCUGACACUGCGCUCGCAAGAACCAACUUGCAACAUGGACGGCGUUGAUACGACUGGGGAACUGUACUGGGGCGAGGCUGGGUUCUGUCCUGAAAGAUGGUCCUUUUGGAUUAAGCGAGCCUUUGAGCUUACCCAAGAAGUUUCAGAGAAUCUUCGGCCUCUGGUUCUCAGUGCAGCACACCGGAUGGUGGAUAUCUCCAUGUUGGGAGCUGCAAGGCUAAUGUAG